AUCGAUUUCCAUCUCGUUCCACCGAGAUAAAUACCACAUGCAAUCUCAAAUCCUACCCAUCUCUGAGACUCCCCCUUCUUCCACUUCUUCUUCUUCUUCAUCUUCUCCUUCGACUAUGGGGACGAAGUCAAUGUUGUUUAGAGAACGUGGUAAUCAGGGUCGUUUUCUUUUCCUCUCCUCGAUGUUGUUUGGAGGCGAGAAAGCCAUGGAGAAAAGACCUCUGCUCUCCCGAGCUUCCAGUACCAAUACCAAUAGCAACCGCAACAACAUGAAACUACAGGAGCAGAGGAGGCGGAGGGUCAAUAGCGACUCGUCUCUUUCCUCUCUUCCUUCUAUCCCUCCCCGUCAAUAUUCAUUGAAGAGGGACGUUGGGCACGCUGCUGCCGAGACCUAUUUGCUUACUCGCCUUAGCUUCAAGCUCUUACGCUAUCUGGGGGUAGGUUACAGAUGGAUCACAAAAUUUCUUGCCCUUGGAUUUUAUGCUAUGCUACUUUUCCCAGGUUUUGUCAAAGUUGGAUAUUACUAUUUCUUUUCAAGUCAGGUCCGUCGAAGUGUAGUUUAUGGGGAUCAACCAAGAAAUAGGCUUGAUCUGUAUUUACCCGUAAAUAGUAAUGGGCCAAAGCCAGUUGUGGCAUUUGUAACUGGUGGAGCCUGGAUAAUUGGGUACAAAGCAUGGGGUUCCCUUUUAGGACAACAGUUGGCAGAAAGAGAAAUCAUUGUGGCAUGCAUAGAUUACAGAAAUUUUCCUCAGGGAACCAUCAGUGAUAUGGUGAAUGAUGCUUCUCAAGGAAUAUCGUUUGUCUGCAACAAGAUUGCUGAAUAUGGAGGUGAUCCUAACAGGAUCUAUUUAAUGGGGCAAUCAGCUGGUGCACAUAUUUCUGCUUGUGCACUCUUGGAUCAGGCCAUCAAAGAAUCCAGGGAAAAAGAAAGUGUCUCUUGGAGUGUUUCCCAGAUAAAAGCUUAUUUUGGUAUAUCUGGAGGGUACAAUUUAAUUGACUUAGUGGACCACUUCCAUGGACGAGGUCUGUACCGUUCCAUCUUUCUCAGUAUAAUGGAAGGAGAGGAAUCUCUACGAAGAGUUUCUCCUGAAGUAAUGGUACAGGACCUAAGCAUUAGAGAUGCAGUUUCUCUCUUGCCUCCUAUUAUCCUGUUCCAUGGAACUGCAGAUUAUUCCAUACCAUCAGAUGCCAGUAAGAAUUUUGCAGAGACCCUCCGGAGAGUUGGAGCUCAAUCUGAACUAAUACUAUAUGAAGGAAAAACUCACACAGAUUUGUUUAUUCAGGAUCCUAUGAGAGGUGGUCGGGAUGAGCUUCUCGAGGAUAUAGUUGCUGUCAUCCAUGCUGGUGAUGAAGAGGCCCUUGCCAAAGAUGUGAUUGCACCUCCUAGGAAACGUUUUGUUCCAGAUUUCAUGUUGGAGUUAGCUAGGAAAAUCAGCCCCUUCUAAGCAUUUCAGCUUUGGAGGUUGGUUUGGUUGGUUGCCUUAAAUGAAUGGCCCAAAGGCUCAUCCAUGUGUUGUUGUAAGUUCACUCUCUCCAUCUUUGUAAAAAAUAGCAGGCAUUAGGCAUU